AUGGACAUCAAGUUUUGCAAGACCAACCUCCUCAUUGAGCACAAGGAGUUGGAUGGGAGAUUCCAAUUCAAGUUCACACAUCCAUUGGCUGGACCCUCCAAGCUUCUCCUGCCCAACCCUGAGCUCACCACAGGUAGGGGUGAGAACAUUGACUUCAGACCCCCUGUGUACACAUUAGUUGGGCAUGAAGAUGAUUUGCGAGAAGAGGAGCCUGAGCUCGAUCGAGCUGAGGAUCGAGCUGAGAUCAAGCUGAAGAUGAGUCCAGGAAGCGCGAUUUGGGUGAGCCUGAGUGCUAUUACUUUGAGGAGUAUGAGGCUCCAAGGAUGA